AUGAGAGAUUUCUUAGCUUUCAGAUAUCCGAUCCCCUUCUUGGAAAUUUGGACGAUGGGAGAUCACUUUGUUUUGCUGGUUGAUCGACUGCUCACUGAAUCGACUUUGGAAGCUGCAAUCGAAAGCAGAAAAUCCUUAAAACAGGCAGCAAUCGAUGAAACAGUGAUUGAUUGCUCACCUCGUAAAGAAUGUGAAGCUAGUUUAUCUCCAAGGAAACUGGUUGAGUGUAGAAUAUGCCAGGAUGAAGAUUUUGAUUCGAAUAUGGAGAUUCCUUGCUCUUGCUGUGGUAGCUUGAAGUAUGCUCACCGGGAAUGCGUUCAGAGGUGGUGUAAUGAGAAGGGUGACACUGUAUGUGAGAUAUGCCAUCAGCAAUUCAAGCCAGGAUAUACAGCACCACCCCCUAUUUUCCGAUUUCGCGGAAUACCAAUGAACUUGAGGGGAAAUUGGCAAAUAGCCAGAAGAGACUUGGCUAAUCCUCGCCUUGUGACAAUGGUUUCAACUGAUCAGAAUAUCCUUGAUACUGACUAUGAUGAAUAUGAAAUUUCUACAACAAGAAGCAUAAUCUGCUGUCGAUCAAUUGCCAUAAUUUUUAUGAUCCUUCUGAUUUUGAGGCAUACUCUUCCCAUCAUUGUUAGUCGAGCAGAGAACUAUUCUUUCCCAUUGAUUGUGCUAUUAAUGCUAAGAAUUGCUGGGAUUAUUCUUCCAAUCUGCAUAAUACUGAAAGCCGCGACUUCUAUCAUACGUCAUCGACAACAGGCCAAUCUAUCCAUCACUCCAUCGGAUGAAGAAGCUGACCAAUUGACUCUUCAUCAGCCUCAUGCGAUGCCUGUUCAUUAA